CAUCCGGAGUGAGUCGAACUGUAAUGUUUGCAAGACUCUAAAUCGUUUCCACGUUGAUGAGCGAGUAAUCACACGCACUUGCACUCGCUCUCGAACUCGUACAUUUUGUCAUUGAGCGAUUGAACGUCGUUGAAAUUGAGAAUUUUUUUGCCAAAAUCUGAAUCAGCGCCAUCUUCGUACUUCCCAAUUCAUCUCACUAAAAGUAAUGAUUUUUUUAUACCAUAAUUAGCAAUUCUCUCUCCCUUCAAAAAUAUCAUUUUUUAUUAAAUAAAAUGCCAGCUAUAAAAGUACUUCUCCGGCAAUCCAUCGCUUCCGCCGCCGUCAACCCGCCGUCAAUCCUCUUUCCUUCCGCAGCGGCUAAUCGUACCCCAAUCCUAAAUCGUAGGAAGGUAUACUGUUUAGGAGGAAGGAGCACAUUAGCAAAAAGGGGCCCAUGUUUACGAAUCGCGGGGGCGCACGUUAAGGGGCCAACAACAGCAACAAUAAAGCUAAACAACAUCAACAUUUAUAGGAAAAGGGUAUUUAUGCUUUCGUCCUCUUCUACUUCUUCUCAAUUUCCCUCAUCUUCUGAGAGAGAAACUGGGAGAGAAGGGGAUAAAUUAGAUAGGGUUCCUUCUUCUUCUUCGUCUUCUUCGAUUAAUUUCGUGCCUGAGAUGGGUCAUGGGAGUGAUAAGAACAAACAAAAUAAUGGAGAUUGGGUUCCUAACGGCGCCGUUUCACCUUCCAAGAAAGAUCAAAAACAAGACCAUUCUUCUAAAUUACUUACAUUGCCUACUGUUUUAACCCUUGCCCGUGUUGCCGCCGUUCCUGUUUUUAUUGGCACAUUUUACGCAAAUAGUUGGUGGGGAGCAACUGCCACAACUAGUAUAUUUGUUGCUGCAGCAAUCACAGAUUGGCUCGAUGGCUACCUUGCUAGAAAGAUGUGUCAAGGUUCUGCAUUUGGUGCCUUUUUAGAUCCUGUAGCUGACAAGCUUAUGGUUGCUGCAACGUUGGUCUUAUUGUGUAGCAAGCCUCCAGAAAUUGCGAUGUUUGAACAUUUUCCAUGGCUACUUCCAGUACCAGCCAUUGCUAUCAUUGGGAGAGAGAUAACUAUGUCGGCAGUAAGGGAAUGGGCUGCCUCUCAAGAUGCUAAGCUUUUGCAGGCUGUUGCUGUAAAUAAUUUAGGCAAAUGGAAAACUGCAACACAGAUGGUUGCGCUUACUAUUAUCUUGGCUACCAGAGACAGCAGUGUUACUAGCCAAGGGGUUCUACCAAUUUCUGGUGUUGUUCUGCUCUAUGUUUCAUCUGGACUCGCAGUAUGGUCACUGGUUGUGUAUAUGAGGAAAAUAUGGAAGGUGUUAUUGAGAUAAUAAUAGUUUUGUUCAGAGCUUGAAACAGUUGGUGCCUCUAGUGAAUUCUACAGAAUUAUAUUUGCCAAUCUAAAUUGAUCGGUUUGUUGGUGACAUUUGGAUGAUGGAUCCACAUCUUCCUGGCACUGAGUACGGAAAAGAUAGUGUCCCUUGUAAACAUGGUGAUCUGCUGAAUUCUAUUCAGCCGAGUGUUUGAUAUUGCUUUAUACGGGAAUUCUUGUUCAUUUGUGAAGUUCAUUGGAGGAUUCUUCAUCAACUUAUUUUGGGAUUAACACAGGUAUAAUCUCAUGGAAAUCCUGGCCCCAACAAACUGGAUUGAAAGGAAGCAAGAUUUUAAUUGGUCUUGUUUUAUUGUGGUUCUGUUUUAUUUUACGACAGGACUUUAUUCGUUGAACUCUAUAGCCUUGUAAGCUUGUGCUAUUUUAUUUCCGAUUUCGAUACUAGAUGUUAUCUUGUGCUAUUUUAGCUUCUAUCCAUAUUGAAGUUUUACUUAUACUUUUGAAGAGUGUUCUAAGCAUUGUUGUAAGCUCGUAUUACAAGGUGAUAGAAACAAAUGUAAUUUGUACGCUUUAACUGAAAUCAGGCCUAAAUGGUUCCUCCAAA